GUGUGAGAUAUUUGCCAAUGAUUUCCGGUUUCUGAGGAAGGCGUGCGCGAAUGCGUGUGUGACGUAAAGUCCGCAGGAGAGCGCAGUGUGUGCGUCAUGCUAUCAUGGCGCUGAAGACAAACCGCGGAUUAAAAUCUCUCCAUCCUUUCUGUUGGUCAGCGGCUCAGUGAAGUUAUGAUAAAUGAUGACGUCUGGAAACAAAGCCAUGGAUCUGCAGAUCCAGAUGAGACAGAACGCUGAAGAUCUGCAGAGCUUCAUAAAGGAGCUGGACAACUGGGAGGAAGAGAUCAAGAUGAAAGAUCAACAGCUUUGCACUGGAAACAUCAAUGAAACACAAAAAAAUCUCCCGCCGGUGAGGAACAAGGAUUUUAAAAAGACAAAGCAGAGGGUGAAACGUCAGACUAAGAGAAACAACGGUGUGAAAGAGCGAAAGGAAACCGAACGAAUAAAAUCAUAUGAUUAUCAAGCCUGGGACAGAUUAAAUGUGGAUAAAGUUUUGGAGUCCAUGGACGCAGAGGAGAGUCCCGUUCAGUCCAAUGAGUCCGACUCCGAGGCAAUUCAGGUGGACAGAGAUCUGGCGCUCGCUGAAAAAGAGAAAGGAAAUGAAUUGUUCAAAUCUGGUCAGUAUGACGCAGCCAUUGAGUGUUACACCAGAGGAAUGAAUGCAGACCCCUACAACCCUGUGCUGCCUACAAACAGAGCCGCCUCCUUCAUCAGACUAAAGAAGUUCGCUGUGGCCGAGUCCGACUGUAAUUUGGCAAUCGCUCUGGACAGUAAAUAUAUGAAAGCUUACGCCAGGAGAGGAGCCGCACGCACCGCUCUGAGAAACCAUCAGGGGGCGCUGGACGAUUAUGAGAUGGUUCUUAAACUGGAUCCUGGAAACUUUGAGGCUGAAAAUGAAAUCAAGAAACUGCAGCAGCAAAUGGCUGCGACUGCAGAGCAGACGCCAGAAGAGAGUCAGACAGCUGUGACUGCAGCGCAGACGCCAGAAAAUAGUCAAACACCUGUGACUGCAGCACAGACGCCAGAAAAUAGUCAGACAGCUGCGACUGCAGAGCAGACCGUCGAUCCAAUCAAACUCCAGCAGCUGCAGGAGGAACAAAGGAAACAGGAAGCUGUCAUGUAUAAAGAUCGAGGCAAUGCAUACUUCAAAGAAGGGAAGUAUGAAGCCGCUGUGGAGUGCUACAGUAAAGGAAUAGAAGCAGAUGACACAAACGCUCUUCUGCCUGCAAACAGAGCCAUGGCGUACCUGAAACUACAGAGGUUCAAUGAGGCUGAGCAGGACUGCAGUGCAGCCGUUUCUCUGGAUGUCACAUACUCGAAAGCGUUCGCAAGACGAGCGACGGCCAGAGUCUCUCUGGGAAAAAUCAAAGACGCCAUAGAAGAUUUUGAGCAGGUCCUGAAGCUGGAGCCAGGAAACAAACAAGCCUUAAAUGAGAUUGAGAAACUCAAAGCGGAAUUGAGAGCAAGCGACUGUCUGGUUACAGAGGAGAAGAGAAUCAUACAGCCUAUCAAUAAACCUGAACAUCUCAGAUCAACUAAACCACUGCGGAGGAUUGACAUACAGGAGGUAGGAGAGAUGUUCUCGUCUGUUAAUUCCUGUAUAUCUAAACCUUCUCCUGUCCUCUCCUCACCUCAUCACAAGAUCCAGAAGAUAGAGGAGAUCUCCGACACCGCACACCUCUCCACAGAAUCUGAUGGGAAUGUUUCUGGAUCUCAAAAGGAGAGAAAGGAACUUCGUGUAGAUCAAGUGUGCGUCUCAUCUGGAGAAUCAGAAUGGAUUCCUCCUCCACCCAGCAACAGUUUUCAGCUGGAGGCCGACCUGAGGAAGAUCAGCAGUUCCCCACAAUCCACCUACAGAUAUUUAAAGCAAAUCAGUCCAGAUGUUUAUCCAAAGAUCUUCCAGAACUCUCUGGAGCCUGAUACUCUCAAUCACAUCCUCAAGAUCUUUCACACAUUUUACAUUCAACAUGAAGAAGCUUCGGUUCUGCUGGACAUCCUGAGAAAUCUGGCCAGUGUGAAAAGAUUUGACAUGGCCAUCAUGUUCAUGUCAUCUGCUGAGAAGAAAGUGAUACAGGAUCUGUUCGACUGGAUUCAUCGCUCUGGUCUGGAAGAGGAUUCUGUUGGAGACCUACGGCAGAAAUACGGUCUUUGACCUCUGCUUACAGAAACUAUGGACGUUUAUAUGAUCUAAAUCACCUGUUUAAACUGACAGUGUUUGAGCUCCGGUCAUCAUCACACAGAACAUCAUCUCUCCUGUGAAAAUGAUCAAUUCAUUAUUCUGUUUGUUUGUUAUAAAUGCUUGUCUGUGAUUAGUUGACCAUUAAAUGCAUCUAAAUUCCUCAAAA